CACCCCAACAACCACCCAAAGACGCCGCUGAACUUCUGUUGCCCCCCUGCCCUGACACAUCACACACAACACACGCCCAUUCCGUGAUGUAAAACCUGGGAAAUAGGCUGCUGCCUCCAAUCACAGACCCUCCUCCUGCUGGAGAAACCACCCGCAUAGCCCAGUGGAACCAAUCAGCCGGCCUCACCAACUCAGGGAGCCGCCACCACCCUCCCUCUGCACUAAUGUGCUUUCCCUGGCUUGUUGUGAUCGGAUGAUUGACGUCAGUUAUGACCAAUGUGCGCUGGACACUGACAGCUGCCUGGUGAGGGCGGAACUGCUGUAUUACCCCGGCCGGUGUAGUGUGAGGAGGAGGACGGGUGUCUGUGCCGGGCUCUCAUACAUACACGUUCUGGCCAGUGGCAGAGUCACAUUUGCAUGUUACAACAUGAGCCAAUGGGAAGCCCUUUUGAAGCUUACUGGUGAAUUCCAGGAGAAGAUCAUAAGUCUGUACAGCGAUGAGCGUUUUCCCAUGGAAGUACGGCAGUACCUGGCACCGUGGUUUGAGUCACAAAACUGGAAACUGGCAGCAAGAGAUCGGCAGAUGGCCACUGUUCAGCUGCAGAAUCUGUUGGAACACCUGGACACGCAGUACAGUCGUUUCACACAGGCUGAUGAAAUACUGCAGAAACACAAUUUCCGCAAGUUCAAGUUAAAUGUACAGCAUGGUUACCAGGAAACACCAGAGAAGCUGGCAGAGAUGAUCCAAUAUUAUCUACAUUAUGAGCAACAGAUUCUUUUAGAAGCACAAGAAGUAAAGAUAAUGAAUGAGCAGCCAGUGCAGGCUCCAAUGGAGAUGGGAAAGCAAUAUAAAAUUGAGCAGCGUGUAAAUGAAGCAAAAGAGCGCGUUCUGUCUGUAGAGCAAGAAGUCAAAUUUUUGGAAGAGCAACAAGAAAUGUUUCAGUUUAAAUUUAAAACUUUUAGCACUGAAUCUUCUGAACAUGCUCCAGCACCAUAUAUACAGAAAAAGAAAAUGGAACUGCAAAACCAACUCAAUGAGCUGGACAAGAAACGCAGGGAGGUACUGGACCAAGUAAAAGAACUGCUUGGUCUCUGUGAAACCCUUUUUGGCUUUCUGGAUCAAGAAAUAAUGGAGUGGCUUCACAGGCAGAAGCUUUCAUGCAUUGGCGCUGACACAGACACCAGUCUCAAGCAAUUAGAAUCUUGGGUAACAAAGACAGUGGAAGUUUUCCUGCAGCUGAAACGUCUCCUGUGCAUUCUUAGUGAGCUAUCACUGCAGGUAUCAUAUGAGAGAGAUCCCCUGAAAACGGAUCCUCAACAGCUGCAGCAGAGACUGCUUGAAAUGCUACAUUGCCUUGUACAGAAAUCUUUUGUGGUGGAUAAGCAACCCAUCAUGACCAUGACCAACACUUUGAAUCGACCUUUGGUGCUGAAAACCAGCUCACAGUUCUGUGUGAGAGCCAGACUCCUUGUGAAGCUGCCCAAUCUCGGGCACAGCAUGAAGGUCUCCUAUGUUAUGGACAAGGAUCUUCCAAAUAUCAAAGGAUACCGCCGAUUUAAUUUGUUGGGGCCAGCUGUCAAGGCCUUGGAAGAUGCACAGGGAGAGGGCCUGGUGGUAGAGUACAAACAUUUGCAACUAAAAGAACAAAAAGCUGGGAUGAGAGGAAAAGGUGGUAAAGGCAUAAAUGAUGUGUCAUUUGGUGUCCUGGAGGAGCUCCAUAUAAUUUCUUUGAUUACACACUUUGACUACGAUGGAGUGCAGUUGAAUUUAGAGGCUGCCACGCUGCCUUUUAUUGUGAUCUCCAACACCAGUCAAUUUGUAGGAGCGUUUGCAUCAGUGCUUUGGUUCAACUUGCUGAGCUCAGACCCUAAGGAUGUCACCUUUUUCUCCAAGCCCCCGGAUGCCCCUUGGAGUUUGCUGGCUGAGGCCCUCAGCUGGCAGUUCUCAUGCUGUACUAAACGAGGGCUGAACCCAGACCAGCGGAAGAUGCUGGGAAAGAAGUUGUGUGGCAUGGUACCUAAAGAGGAUAGCACUGUGUCAUGGAGCAAGUUCUCAAAGGAAAACAUGCCCAAGGUUUCAUUCACCUUUUGGGUAUGGUUUGAUGCAAUUGUGGUUCUUAUAAAAGCACACCUUGAAAACAUCUGGAAUGAUGGCUAUGUGAUGGGAUUUGUGAGUCGCAGUAGAGAGGACACUCUUCUGAAGACCAUGCAACAGGGUACUUUCCUGCUCCGCUUCAGUGAAAGUGUUCGUGAUGGAGGGGUUACAUGUUCCUGGGUGGAUCAUCAGCCUGACGGAACCUAUACCAUCCGCUCUGUCCAGCCAUACACAAAGAAGGAGUUAUCCAAUAUCCCCCUCACUGAGAUCAUACGGAACUACCAAAUGUUAGCUGAGCAAAACAUCCCAGAGAACCCACUUAAAUUUCUCUAUCCCAACAUCCCAAAGGAUGAGGCAUUUGGGCCAUACUAUGAGAAGACAAGUGAAAUGACUUUGGAGUAUCAGAAGUAUAUCAAGCACAGAUUAAUUAUGGUUUCUGAAAGGAGUUUAGAUGACUGCCAGAUUAGUAUAACUUCAGGAACACCCCUGUAUUACCCAGAUAUGCCUGACCAGGAUUUAUCUGAAUAUGACCCUCAAAUUCUCCAGAAUAACCUUACAGACAGACAGCUCUUUGAGGAUAUUCAUAUAGAAAACCUUCUGUUAAAUCCAAAUAAUGAUCCUUUCAUCUCAAGCCCUUCUGGGGAUUAUCAUGAACUGUCCAUGGAGUCUUUUGACAACUUGUAAUUACCUGUAGGACACAGCUGGAACCUCCUUUACCAGAUCCACUCUCGUCUGAAUUCAAGCAUCUCCUCUUCUCAUUUCCCUUAUACAUACCGGUUUGUGGAAAUGUGCACAAAGUAUAUGCCAUAUCUGAUGUCAGAGUCUUGUGCUCUGGAGUCUGAAUGUAUCAUUUGUGGAAAAUUAAUUAACCUUUGUUAAGAUUGAAUACAUACAAUGUACAAUAGGGAAUGUGAAAUUGAUCGUUAUAAGAGACCUGUAACUAGUAGAAGAGAGGCACAUAUAUAUGGAAUUAGCAAAGAUGUAAUUCAUCUGCCCUACUUAAAUGUAUGUGAAUACAGUGUGACAAGGAUACUAGCCAGAUAUAGUUAUAUAUCCAAAAACACACACAUAAAAUUUAAGAAAACGAUAGUAUGAUUGCCACUUGCGCUAAUAUUAUACCCAGACCAUCAAUACAAUUUCGACAUAGUUCAGCCUGAUAUAAUAAUCACCCUUCCUCACUUGAUGUAAUAGGACAUAGAUAUUUUCGGGAGCUCAGCACAUUCAGACUUGAGCAAUUAUGAUCACAUAUUCACCGCUGGAGGAGCAGUCCCAAUGGAUGUUAGAAAACCUUUUGUAUGGUUCCGAAAAAGUCCAUCUAAAGGCACUGCAAGACUGGUGAGGAAGUGGAAUCUGGUCCUGAUAAAAGUGCAAUGUCCCAAAGAUGGUAAUUAAUUCCAGCUGUCCAAAGAGAGAGGGGUGCCAGGCAGUAGAUGAUCUGGAUCAAGUGGCAAUUCUCACCAACGCGUUUCGCUGCUGUCCUGCAGCUUUUUCCUCUAGCGCCCGAAUCUACCCUUUGGGUAUUUCAAUAGUUAUAUAUCCACCUGUGGCGGGAACAAAAAUCAUAGGUAGUGUAGUGGCAGCCUUGGGUAACCAGCGUAACAUGACUUCAUGAAUCAACUGACUAUGUACUGUACUACUUUCCUCUCCACCAUUGUGGCCACACUGGACAAUUAAGGCUUCCAGCAGCUGGGUUCAUCAUGCAGAAGUAAUUGUAAACUAGAUCAGCACGUGACAGAUAUAGUCCAUUAGUUUCUGUAGUGUUGGACAUUAAAGCCUUAGGUUUUAUCA